UAUGUUCAAUAUAUUUGUGAUAUUUUUAAAUUAAAAUUCUUGUCCAUGAAUUUAUACAAAAUGCAAUCAAUUGAAGCAUUAUAUAAUAUAAAUCAUUAUAAAACUGAAAACCUGAAAUCCUCACGUUUCAUAAAGCUAAAACCAAAAGUAGCUCUUGAAUUAUGUAAUCACAGGCCCAGCUAUGAGUAUGUCAAAGCAAUUGCUAUAGAACAUUUGGAGAAAAGUCUAAAUGAUCAGUUACAGCUGUUAAUAUCAGUUGAUAAAUGUGACUACAACAAUAUGGAUAAGCUUUCCAAGAACAUAUUUAGUUGGAGUAAGCAUGAUUUCUUGGAAAGAAGAGCUCUGGAAAAUUGUGUGUGGAUUGAUGUGUUCAAGAAACAUACUAAUAGAGAUUGUUUGGAAAAAUUCAAAAUUAAAACAGAUUUGAGAGAAAUAUUAAAUCUGCUAAAACUACUAUUUCAAGGAAAUUCAGAGACAUCCAUACGCAAGACCUUAAGAGAAGCAGAACACAACUUUAAUAUUUUCGCAAUUCUACAAGAAGAAAAGAAAACAUUAAAGGAAGAGUUGCAAAAUUACGAUUUUCGUUAUAACGCACGUCUAUUUAACAGACGCCAGACUAAGCAACAACUAAUUUUAUGGGAUAUAGAAGAAACCAUGCUAAAUUCUCAAACCUGGGGACCAAUAAAAAUGCGUUAUCAAAUAAACUGGUAUCAAUACCAAACAGAACAGACUGAAGUGCAAAAAUCAUUAAAGGAAAAUGAAAUACAACAUGAAAUUGAUCAGUAUAAGUUAAAAAUGUUAAUAGAGAAAAUGUCCGCCGAUAAUAUGAGAGAUGUAUAUUAUACUCUUGCUGAGCAACAUAAACAGGAUCUUGAUGUUAUGCAAAACCGUUUUGAUUCUGAACUAGAUAAAAUUGAUAAUGAAAUAAGUUAUAUUCGUUUGCAAAUUGCCAAAUUAAUAGAACAGCAAAGAAUACUAGGCGAAAAAAUUGAAGGGUUUCACGAACAAAUUAAAAAGCGUCUAGAGCUAGAAGAACAUGAGCGCCAGCUACAGGAAUCGGAACGUUUAAGAUUGGAGGAAGAAAUUCGUUUAAACAAGCUGAAAGAAGAGAAAAGUCGUAAAAAGAAAAUUGCUUCAAAAGCCAAAUCUCUUGCAAAAGCUUGAAAUUUUCUUAGUAAUUUAUAAAAUUCAUUUAAAACUUUAUACAUUUCAAACCUUUAGAAAUAAAAACCAAAUAAAUUAAAAUACUAUUUACUAUUACUAUUUUAUUUAAUUAUCUAUCGGCACCCACUGUUCAAUUUACAAUACUAAUCAUUUGAUAAGAUUUCCAAAAGUAUUGCCUAUUUUAGGGGAUUAUUUUAAUAUUUACAGAAAUUAUGCCAGACUUAAAUUUGUCUGUAACACCCAAAAAUA